AUGUCUCAAGAGGAUUCUGUCGAUACUACACAUUCAUUUUCACAAGGCACAAUGUCUCGCUAUCUCCGACCUGACAGAUUUGACAUAGAACCGAAUUCUAGCAAUUCGGACUUAAAAUGGACUCAUUGGCGAUUUACAUUUACAAAUUUUUUAUCAGAAGAAAUCUCCACUAAUACUCCUGACUCUAUGAAACUGAUGUUGUUGGUAAAUCAUUUAGCUCCAACAAUUUUUUCAUAUAUUCGUGAUUGUAAAUUUUACGAAGAUGCUAUUAAAUUACUUGAUAGUAUCUACAUAAAACCUAGAAACGAAGUUCUAGCACGGCACAUACUAAUUACAAGAAAACAGCGACCGGAAGAAACAAUUUGCGAAUAUUCACGAGCUUUGAAACUCUUGGCUCAUGACUGUAUCUUCCGAAAUGUUACUGCCGAAGAACACGAACAACAAACGAUUAGAGGAGCAUUUAUUGCAGGUAUAAGUUCUCAGAAAAUUCGAGAGCGUCUUUUAGAAAAUAUUACAAUUACUAUGGAUGAAGCUUUAAAUAAAGCUAUAUCAUUAGAAACGGCAGAAAAAAAUUCAGAAAUAAUUGCUGGUAACACAAAUUCUUCGCAACUAAAUGCAUUUUCUAAUAAUAUAAAUGAUUUUAAUCAAAAUGUGUCUGUAUCUACUACACAACGGAGACGCUGUUUCUUUUGCGGUGGCAACAUACAUCAAAGAAUAAAAUGUCCUGCUUUUAAAGUCACAUGUCAACUGUGUUCUAAACAAGGCCAUUUUGCUAAGGUUUGUCGAAGCGGUAAUCAACAAACUGUAAAUGUUCUUACUACAGACACAUCCUUACAUUAUUCACAUGAAAGUUUCUUAGCUGCAUCGCCUAGUAGCUUACAAAAUGCUACCGUACCUAUUUUUAUAAAUAAUAUACGCGCUGAUGCCUUGAUAGAUACAGGAAGCUCCGUCAGUUUUAUCAAUAAGAAAUUAGUACAAAUAAUGAAUUUAAAAAUAAAACCUUGUAAACAGAUAAUUACUUUAGCAUCGUUGACUCAUGUAUCCUUCGUAGAAGGAAUGUGCCAUGCUACAGUUAAGUUACAACAUCAUAUUUAUCAACAACGUCAACUUCUAAUAGUUAACAAUCUUUGUGCAGAUAUCAUUAUUGGCCAUGACAUACUAAAAGAUCAUUCGAAAUUGGAAUUUAAAUUUGGAGGUAACAGAGAGCCUUUAAAAAUAUGUAACGUUAUGAAUGCAUCUGUGCCACCAGUGUCUUUAUUUACUAACUUAUCAUCUGAUAUUAAGCCUGUGGCGGUAAAAUCUAGACGAUAUAGUAAAGAAGAUAGCGAUUUUAUUAAUACUGAAAUUUCGAAGCUUUUAGCAGACGGAGUUAUUGAACCCAGCGUUUCACCUUGGCGUGCCCAAGUCCUUGUUGCUGGAGGAGGAAUUCACAGAAAACGCUUGGUAGUAGACUAUUCGCAAACUAUUAACAGAUUUACAUUGUUAGAUGCAUACCCUUUACCAAAUAUAGAAAAUGUAGUAUCUGAAGUUGCAAAAUAUAAUUAUUUCAGUCAAAUAGAUUUAAAAAGUGCCUACCAUCAAAUCCCAAUAUUAGAAAAAGAAAAAUUGUUUACUGCUUUUGAAGCUUCUGGCAAUCUAUAUCAAUUUACUAGAAUACCGUUUGGAGUUACAAAUGGAGUAGCAGCAUUCCAGCGAGCUUUACAUUUUAUAAUUAAAACAGAACAUUUGAAAGGUACAUUUUGCUAUUUAGAUGAUGUUACAGUUUGUGGAAUGGAUAAAGGUGAUCAUGAUCACAACUUAAAUUGUUUUAUGGCUGCUGUGAAAAAGUAUAAUUUAACCUUAAAUGAACAAAAAUCUACAUUUGGUGUCAAUUCUAUUAAUCUGCUUGGAUACAAUAUUAAAGAUAAUACUGUCAAGCCUGACUCUAAUAGAUUAAAACCAUUAUUAGACCUGCCACCCCCAACGAAUAACAGUGAAUUAAAACGAACACUUGGUUUAUUCGCUCACUAUGCAAAAUGGAUCAAUAAUUUUUCAAAAAAAAUAAAACCAUUGAUUGGCAUUAAAUCUUUUCCAAUUGAUGAUACUGCAAAAACUUGCUUUGUAUCAUUAAAAUCAGAAAUAGAAAAAUCAACUUUAGCCGUUAUUGAUGAUAAUGAUAUUCUUACUGUUGAGACUGAUGCAUCAGAAUUUGCGAUUGCUGCGUCGCUAUCUCAAAAGGGGCGACCUAUAGCUUUUUUUUCUAGAACACUUUCAGAUUCAGAGCAACGCCAAUCUUCAAUCGAAAAAGAAGCAUGCGCUAUUGUAGAGAGUCUUCGCAAAUGGCGUCAUUAUUUAAUUGAAAAUGAGAAGCUUGAACGAUGGCGUCUCGAAUUAUCUUGUUUUAAAUAUGACAUAAUUUAUCGUCCGGGUAAAGAAAACACAGUUGCUGAUGCUUUAUCAAGAGUGUGUGCUCAUAUGAAUGUCGAUAAAUUACGUGAACUGCAUAAUUCCCUCUGUCACCCUGGCAUUGUAAGAAUGAUGCAUUGGGUUCGCAUGAAAAACUUACCGUAUUCGGUGAAUGAUAUAAAAUCUCUUAUACAGUCUUGCCAAAUAUGUGCAGAAAUUAAACCUCGGUUUAUGAAAUCUAAAGGUCAAUUAAUAAAAGCAACAGCACCUUUUGAGCGAUUAAACAUUGACUUUAAAGGACCUUUACCAUCGAAUACUCCAAAUAAGUAUUUAUUAACAAUAAUCGACGAAUUCAGUAGAUUUCCUUUUGCAUAUGCCUGUAAGGAAAUAACAACUGCAACUGUUAUAAGAUGUUUAAAAGAUUUAUUUUACACUUUUGGAACACCGCUUUAUAUUCAUAGUGAUAGAGGAUCUGCUUUUAUUUCUAAAGAGUUUACAGAAUUUCUAAGUUCCUUGGGGAUUGCAUGUAGCAGAACAACGCCUUAUAAUCCACGUGGAAAUGGUCAAGUCGAGCGUCUCAAUGGUACUUUGUGGAAGACAUUACAACUUGCUCUUCGCACAAGAGAAAUGCCAAUUGAAAGCUGGGAGCAAUUUCUACCAAUGUCCUUACAUACAAUUCGUUCACUUCUUUGUAUACCAAUUAAUACAACUCCACACGAACGACUAUUUAAUCAUCCUCGUAGAUCACCUCAUGGAGAAUCGUUACCCUCUUGGUUAAUUCCUGGACCUGUGCUAAUGAAAAAAAAUAUACGCAAUAAAAACGAUCCAUAUGUUGAAGAAGUUGAACUAUUACAAAGUAACCCCUAUUACUCUUUUGUGAAACAUAAAAAUGGGCGGGAAUCAACAGUUUCAAAUCGCAACUUAGCUCCACUCCCCACUCCAAUAGAACAAUACAUAGAUCAAAAUUUAGAAGAACAAUUAAAUAAUUCGACUACAAAAAGACAGCAAGAACAAGAAGAGAUCGUAGAUGUUUUUUAUGACUCAGAAGACCGAAAUAUAAAUGCAGAGCAUAUUGAUGUUCAGGAGAUGCAAUCUGUGACGCCGAGUACGUCUGAGGAUCAACAUCUUAGGAGAUCCGAAAGGACAAGACGAACUCCAUAUUAUUUAAAAGAUUAUAGCUGCGUGUUAGAAAAUGUUAGAGGGGGUGAAUGACGUGUAAUUUAUGAAGAAAUUAUAGUAUUCGAUUAUCUUGUCAAAUGUAAUGUCACUUUAUUAUGU